ACCAAACCGAACCAAACCGAAUCCAAACCAAAGGUCACCUCCUGCUUGCGCCAACAUGGCGGGCCCUCCGCUCAAAGUGCCACAGAUCAGCCAGGCUGAAAUGGCUGCAUUCCACGAAGCGCACUUUUCCCAAGCUGCGACAGAUCACUUCCACGCCCACUUCCUCCGACCCGAGCAUCCGCCCGCUGAAGACAUCACAUACCACGCGGCCGAUGACGAAGAAUACUAUGAGGAAGAGGACGAUGGGCUCGGUUACUACCCCGAUGGCGUCAAACGGACCCUCACCGACGAGCAGAUUGCCAUCUUCAGACACUCUGAACUCGAAGCUCUCCGCCGCGCAAGAGAAUCUUCCAACAUGAGAAGGGAAGCAUCCACCCAUUCCGAGGAAGAUGCGGCUCAUGACAUGUCUGAAGGCGAGGUCUCGUCGCCGACACCCGCCGCCACCGCGAACAGAUCCAAAAAGCGGAAGCGGGGCAAAACCAAGAACAAAACCAAAAACGGGGGAGAGCCGAUCGAUCUGCGCAAGCGAACAUGGGACGUGGUCGACGCGGGUCUGGCUACUCUUGACUACGAUGAGGAAGACAGCCAGCCGGUCGAGGCCAGCAUGAUCCAGCGACGUCGCAUCUCUUACGACGACUGAGGACAUCAGAGGCACAAAUCAAACAACACACAUCACAAACUUCACAACCUCAAGACCUCAUUCAUCCUCGCACCAAAUCCAUCGCUGGAUCGCGUCGCACCCGGUCAACCACCGUCCAGUCAACAUAGAAAAGCAGAGCAUGAAAGUGCUUGCACAGAAAUCCGAAAAUGAUCUCGUGAUGUGGAUGAUGAAUAAAUGGAUGAGAGAAGGGUCGUCAUAAAUUGACGAUGGCGGAAUGGACUAGGUGUCGGAAAGGCAAUGGAGGUCAUCAUAAAUUGACCAUGGAGGAAUCUGACCUGGUCUGGCCUGGGCGUACGGGAUGAAGCAGUAAAGGCAGAGGGAAAAGGAAAUGUCGGAAGAGGGUCCGUCAUAAAGUGACGAUGGCUGGACAAGGGUGUUUCUCGUGGAGGACUUCAGGGGCAGAGAGACACGUCGUAAAUUGACGGCCUCUGGACGUCAUAAAUUGACGCUUGUGGCAGGGUCUGGCGUGGCACAGGAGGGUAUGAACGAAGGGAAGGGUAUCUGGUGAUGGUGGACGGGCUUGGGAUGUGGAAUCGGACUUGGCGGAUGGGAUGGGACCGGGAUGGUUGGGUGGCAUGGCGCUUCGGGGAUCUUUUUGAAGGGAAAGGGGGCGGAGAGAGGGUGGUAACGGUGUUUUGGACUUGGGAUCUCGGCUUGUCGUGGGUAUAUUUGGGUGAACAGGAGGUGCCACGCCGGGAUGGUUUGGAGUUUUGGGGCUCGGGCUUUGGAAGGGUAUGAUAUGGUAUACAUGGCUGGGGCGGAGGAAAUACGAAUGACUUUGGGGGACCGGCA